CUGCGACGUAAUGGACCCGUCCAUGUAUCAUUUGACAAUCUUGGAAAUGCCGCAGACAGAUCAUGAUCGGAUGAUGUUGGACAGCCGCAACUUGCAUCCGUCGUCAAUGGGCUGAUCACUUGGACCAAUCACAACACCCGAUGGUGUAACGGCACGACCCCCGGGCUGACCGCGGCAAAGGAGCGCGUAACGGCGCCCUCGGGGCCCACAACAACUGGUACCCAAUGAACGGCGGGCGUUUUGAUUUUGACGAUGGGGGUUCCUACUGCGGCGGUUGGGAAGAAGGCAAGGCCCACGGCCACGGGGUCUGCACGGGGCCGAAGGGUAAAGGGGAGUAUAACGGAUCCUGGCACUACGGCUUCGAGGUGACAGGAGUCUACACGUGGCCGAGCGGGAACACCUACGAGGGGCAUUGGGAGCACGGCCGACGUCAUGGGUUAGGGGUGGAGAACAAAGGUCGCUGGGUGUACCGCGGGGAGUGGACGCAGGGAUACAAGGGGAAAUAUGGCGUGAUACAGAGCCUGGCUAGUGGGGCCCGGUAUGAAGGCACGUGGAGUAGCGGGCUACAAGACGGAUACGGACAGGAAACGUACGCCGAUGGAGGUAUCUAUCAGGGUCAGUGGGUCGGUGGAAUGCGUCACGGCUGUGGGAUCCGCAACAGUGUGCCUUAUGGAAUGGCGUCCAUCGUACGCCCGUCACUCCGUACAUCCCUUACAUCCCUGCGUAGCGAACACGAGAAUGGAUCCAUCGCGUCCGUCCCGGAUAACUUCGGUCAGCGAGGAGGCUUCGUCCUGGAUGUCUCGGACGAUGGCACGACGGACACAGAGAGCAGAAGUGGGACGAUGAAACGUGGGGAUGCCACCCGUGUGAGCAAAGCCCUUAUUGGGCUCAGAACCAAACGGGGGAAACGGGACAAAAACGGGUCAGGGGGUCACAGGGAAAGCUCCGACAGUACCGGAGGUAGUGUAGCCUCCUUCCGGCCGAAGCUGAACCACCAAGACUCCUUGAAGAGCACUGAAAGCGAGAGUCGUAUGAGUUCAAGCUCCUUGCAAUCCUCGGUCAUGGACAGUGACUUCAGUCACCCGAGUCACUUGAUGGACGAUGAGGCGACCGGGGACAUCACCGAAGUUUUCCUCGGAGAAUGGAAACAGGAUAAGCGAUCCGGUGUCGGAAUCAGCCAACGUUCGGACAGCUUCCAGUACGCCGGGGAGUGGCAUCAGAACAAACGCCAUGGCUACGGAUGUCUGACCUACCCGGAUGGGCACAAAGAGGAAGGCAAGUGGAAGAACAAUAUACUCGUGGCCUCGGGAAAGAAGAAACUGUUUGUGAUUGGAUCCAAACGGAUCAGCGAUCGAGUGGAACGAGCUGUGGAAGCCGCUAAUCAAGCUGCCAAUAUCGCCAGACAGAAGGCAGAUCUUGCUAUAUCUAGGGCAUCUUAUGCCAGAGAGAAAGCCGAGAUGGCGGAGACGGCAGCUUCAGAAUCUAGAGAGGAAGCGUCCAAAGCACGACAACGCUCCAAGGAGCUUACUGCCUCUUUGCCUCCUAGAGGUAAUGUGUCACGGCUUGCUGGCUAUGGGUGCAGGACUGCCAACGUUCGUUUUGCCAACUCCCUGUCGCCUGAGGGUAUAUAUGGUUGUACAUGUACAUGUAAAACUGUGCCACAAUAUCCUUACAGUUUGGUAAAUGAAGCAGGUGGAACUGGGGAUAUAAAGCUUGAUCGUAAGAAGAGUUUCUUCGGGCGACAUCUCGGAGGCUUUGACCGCAAGAGUCACAUGCGAGGCACCAUCAUUGAAGUCAAACAGGACCCCAGCUUUCAGACGCCAACUCACUCCCCAGAUAGUAAGAACCACCCUAGUAGACUAGCUAACGAAUGGGAUGGGAGGGGGUCCAAUCCGUCGUAUGAGUCAUCGGCAGUUAGAGAGGCUCGCUCGACGGGGAACCUGUUUGAAGGGAGUCCCGCGCCAAGACGUCGAGCCCAAUCCUCUGAACAUCCAAACAAUGACAGUCAAGCCUCCUUCCAUCCUAGGAACCAUCAUGGUGAGGUCGGGGUCCGGUUUAAUGGGUACCAGGACAGUGAAUACAGUGAUGGUUACUAUGAGGACCGUCACCACCGCACGUUACCCGACAGACGUUAUGGCGGUGAACGAGGAUCUGCCGAACUCACUCCAGAUUCUGGUAUCAGUACGACGUCGGAUUCAGAUCGGCUACGACGAGCGGUAUCGGACAGAAAACGUACCCUUGCAAAGCGCCAGUUUUCCCGUCAAGAGGGAGUAGAGGAGGACAGUUACGAUCGUCAACACAGCUCGAGUCAUGGUCGCGGUCACGGUCAGUACGAUGAGUACGAUAGCUUUAACGUAGAUGAAUUAGAAGAAGAGUUAUUGUCACAAGCUGCCUACGCACGGUUCGAUGAGGAGGACGAACAGGAAAAACUCAAGCAACAGAGACAGAAACAGAAGAGUAAAUUUGACAAGGAAGUGACUCUGUUAUCGGACAUGCCGCCGGGGCAUGUACGUACAUUUGACGGCAAGUUUCCUUCUCGCUGUAAAAUCCGAUACCUCCCAAAGUCCAACAGUCGCGACGAGGACUGGGCUGACCCUGAUCUAGAUGCUGAGGGCGCUCUUGCUAUUCAAGCUGGAAAAGUGAGCUGGUCUGCGAGUCGAAGCCUUGUCCUUCUGGUGCUAAUUCUCAACAUUGGUUUCGCCGUACUCUUCACUAAUUUAUUUCUCCAAAUGGAGGAAGAAGAGGACAGCUGGGAAGGCUGGCCUUGACGGAAACAACCGAGCCCUCUGAUUGGAUGUUGUCAAUGGCGACGCCAAGAUCGAGAGACGCGAUUGGUUGCUGACGAACCAAGCUGGAAUCUGGUGGUUAUGAUUGGAUGAAAGCUGAAUGACAUCAUCAGCGUCUGUUCUGUGACUGGACACCACCAUCUAGUGUCUUGCAUCGUCGUUCAUUUUAUUUUGAAAAAAAAAAAAUUAAAAAAAAGGUUGCUGUGUGAGUUUAAGGAGUUGUAGAAUUGUUGGCAUCUUGGGAUGUGGUCUCAAGAUGUCGACAGUUGAGUGUGUGAUAAGGGUUUGGUGUAACGUCCAUACAAACACCAAAACUAUCCACAAAUUAAACCAAGUUGGGGUUUACCAAGUACAGUGAGUGCCUAGACAUGUAGAGUGUGACCACAUUGUAGUGAGGGAACUUGGAAUAUAAUAUUUAUUAAUCCAAUGAAUUAUUCAUGAAGGUUCUUCAUUCAUGAAUAUUCAUCAUUCAUCAAUAUUCAUAAAGUCGAGGUCUGAGGUGCGUCAAAUUGACUAACAUAUAAAUAACGCAGACCUGAACUUGCUCUUAAAGUCCUUCUUAACUUCUGAUCGACAGUAUGCAAUUAUUUUGUCUUCUACAGAUAAUUGUGUGCACUUUGGUCGAGAAAGUUACUGAAAAUAAUCUUCAUCCUGUCAAUGAUUUUUCAACAAAAGUGCUGAAAAAAAAGUAACAAAAAACUUAGAAGCCCAAAAUAUGCUUGAACGAUUUUACUACUCGGCUGUUAUGACAUCUUUUCAUUGACUUCUCACUCAAAAUCUUCACAUAUUUGCAUUAAAUUAUCUUUGAAAAAAAUAUUUAGUGAACUUCACUUGGUAGUAAGGUAUGUGCCGAAUGUGCUACACUUUUUGUUAGGUGCUUGUGUGGAAAUGGUAUGUUACAUUAAAUUUCUAAUUUCUUUGGCUAGGGGCGAUAUUUAUUUAUCUAGUUUUAAGCAAACUUUUGUAUAAGUUAAGAGUUAUUUUACCUUUUUCUCUGAAAUUGUAUGUUUUUUUCCGUCCCACAUUUCAUUGCUAAGCUUUGCAACAGCCAAUCACAGCGCAAAAUUUUGAUGGUUCUUUUUUUGCCAGUAUGCUAUUUGUCGAAAAAUCUUUAUUAAAUAAAGUUAAACUACCCGGUGUGAAUAAAACAAAUCCUGCCAUUCAUUUUAUCACAAAUUAUUUAUUUUAUUGAAAAAUCAACUCAUUUUAAUUUGUCUAAGUCAUUUUUGGCUUUAUCUGUAUUCAUGAGAUGUAUUUAAAUUUGCAAUUUCUAAAAGUGCAAUGUAUGUUCUAGAACAAAUGUCAAUUACAUACUUGUUGUCAUAGUUACUUGCCAGCCAUCGUUUUGUAGUCUGGUUCCGGAUGGAAGACAUGGUCAUUGCAGAAGUGACUUUUCAGGUAAACGAAAAACACGAACACAUUUCUUGUUUUCAUCCAGGGAAACUUUUAAACCACAUUUUCAGAGAAGGGAAUCGAAUUGAAUAGUAUGACCCCAGCUGAAUUUGUAUGUGACUGAUUUAGUGAUGAUUGUGGGGAAAUACUACCCUUUUUGAUUAAAACAACCGAUUUAUCAAUCAAAACACAAAAGAAAAUCAAUCAAUCAAAACACAAAAGAAAAUCAUGAAAUGUUCUAUUUCAGUUGAAGAUGUUUUUCAUAUUUUGUUUGUAUUCUUAGUCGUAUUUUAAAGUGGCCAGUGCAAUAUGUUUUACAAUGCACAAAUAAGCUUUAAAAAUGUUAACAUUUGUGUUAUAUAUUAGCUAGGUCUUUGACAACCGGGGUACUUUAAUAGAAAAGCCAGAUUUCAACCAGUUUUGUGACCUUUGAACUGGCUUACAUUGCUAACUACAGGCGUUUUUGAAAUCCUGGCAUUGUCUCCGGCUGUGGCUUUAUCUCUGUCUGGCUUCAUGAUCAUUUAAAAGCAAAAGAAUAGAGAAAUGUUCUAAACUCUGGCCUCGUAUAAUUGCAAUUUUGGUUUCCCUGAUUCAGGCAGAAAAUGGACUCAUUUUGUUCAGCCAGAGACGUACAAGUCAGGAGCCUCAAAUCACCUUAUGCUGAAGCCGCAACAAAACCGAGGUUUCGAAAUCGCCUACAAGGCCGAGUAAAAAAAAAAAAUGGUUUCUCAUUCAUUCAUUCUGAAAAAAAUGAAGGAGGCUGGCGCUUCACCCCCCUACUUUUUCCCCCAAGAUAGCGGAUGGAUUCUUCAAUUUUCUCGACUCUUUUACUGAUAUAAAGUUGUGUCUAAAGGAGCCAUGACCCUUUCUGCAUUGCUAAAAUUUUGUUGGGAACAAAUAAAAGAGACACUUAUAUUCACAAUAUAUUUGCAAAUUGUAUUGCAAAUUUAUGAUUUUUUUUUUAAAGGAGGUGGUCGGGAAAAAGGAAGCGGUGGAGGAGGGGGGAAGAGAGACCGAGAAACUGUUUUAUUUUUUUUACCUGGCCUUAAUGUAAUGAGUGUGUAGGCCUACGGGUUUAUUUCGGCUUGGUGUAAUGUUUUGCACGGUCAACAGAAGGGUGUGUUUUGAGCAUGAUGCGAGUGCACAUUUGAAGCACAAAUUAUUCGCUAUUACACUCUCUUUAAAAUUGUCAUCGUUCUCUUCGCCAACAUACUAACCACACAAGAAUAUUGUUAGCUUUAGUAACUUACCUUCACACCUGAAAAGUGUAACAACGUUUCUAUGAUCCGAGAUCACAGGAAUCUGAAAAGAGCACCUUAUACUAAAUAGUUUUAUAUUACUAAUUAUUAGAAGUCAGCUUCUUUACUAAUACCGAACAAAUUUCAGCGCUCUCCAUUGAAAAAAAUAUAUCCGGAUGCGUUUGAAAUUUCGAGAUAUUGCGGAAUCACACAGUGUGGAACCAAAAAAAAAAGUGGAAAGAAAUUUGGAUUUUUCAACGAGACUAGAAUUGCAUUAAAACGAAUGGAAAUCUUUGUUGCAAGGAAAACAUGGGAAAUAGCACCUAAGCCAGUUGCAUGUGCAUGUAAAUGUCCACACCUUAAGUUUGAGUUGGUUGUCUGUCUCAUACUUACAUCAUAUUCUUUCUCGGAUGUCAUCCAAAGUUGCGAAAUUACAAACCUGUUGGAUUCACCCAUAGUAAUACCCACUACUCCACCAUAUCUUCGUAUUUUCAUUUACCAUUUACCUGAAAAAAAGUCGUGCUACUGCAGUACCAAAAAUCCAUCCCUUCAGUGUUGUGUUUGUUCAUUAUUUAUUCCAUCUUAGCUUUAAUUCAAGUCGGUAUUUUUAUUUGCCAACAUUAUUCGUCUGUUGCACACAAUAAUGGUGAAGGAUACUUGAUUUUUGUUAAGACUUGAAUCAAGGCUAAAUCCAUCCCAUUGGAUGGUCAUUACUAAACUUUCAGCCAAUAGGAAUGUUUCAUAGCGUGACGUAACGUGUUGUGCAGGCUGGUGGUGGUACGCGUGUUUUGUCUCGAGAAAAGCCAUUGGAAAGUCCAGGUUCCACACCUGAAGUUAUGAUUGUCGAUUUAUUUUGUUUUGCAGUAAACAAAAAGAGGUAUAUUUUUAAUAGAAAGCAAAGCAAGUUGAAUUUUUAAUGGCUUCACAGAGUUACGUUUCAUCCUUGUACCAAACUGUUUUAACCUAGGGUGCAAUGAAAAUGUAUUUCCGACUUAUGGUACAUAAUAUUUAUUUGGGUGGUUUUAUUUUUCAGUAAUAAAUGAGAAAAAUGAAAUUCACUCACAAAACGAAUAUAAAAUUUAAUUGGUUGAUUGGGAAAUGCCAUUUCUUGGUUAGCACGGUCCUUUGAACGUGGGUCAUGACAGUGAGUAUAUAUAAUCUAAUAAAAUCGGCUUUUCAAACAACUUUUUCCAAAAGCAUUUUAAAACACAACUCGUACAAAAAAGGUACAUGAAAAUAUCGUAUUGUUAUUGUAUGUGUUGUCUGUCGUUGUUUAUAAAUAACUGUACAUAAAAGUAAGACUAUUUAUAGCGCAUCGGUAAAGCUUUUACACUGAUGUAUUUAUACACCUUGUAUUUUAUGACGAAUUAUUUAUUAUUAAAAAGGGUACCGUACUGGCACACUUCAAACCCGCCACGAUGAGUGUUAGAAAAGUAGCUUUAACUUCGCGUUGCUAAACUUUACUUCGUCGACAGGAUUGGGCGAUGGAGGAAAAACCCAAACUCUACAUGUAUGUAUCAAGUUUAAUUUUCAAAAAAACCUGCCCCAAUUCUUAAAUUGCUUUUUAUUUUAAACAACAUUGAAAUACUUUCUCUUAUGUUACAAAGCUGCUUGGCCCUCACAUUCUUUGCUUUUUUCCUCAUGACAGUUUCAUCCUUGUGUCAUUAUAGACACCAAAACGACCCUUGGAAUGUUUUUUUUGGGGGGGGGAUGUUUGCAAACAGUGGUGCGUGUCCGCCAUUUUAAUUGGUGCGUUUCCCAAGAUGCAUAGCGUUAUAGUCAGAUACCGUUGUUUGAAAUGUAACAAUGUUUAAGAGUUCAGAUGCUCGCGGAACCAGACUUGAGUAGUUUCAGCCAUUAUAUGUUAUUAUUAUUCUUUUUGCGUGUGCUUUUUUACUGCGAUGAAGAAUAAUUUGAAGACAUCUAUAAAUGAUUGUUCAGAGCUCAUCCCAAAGUUUACUUUCGUAUAAAGAAGGUAACGAUUUACUGUUAAAUUCGAGCCAAAAGAGAGAUUGUACAUGUAUUUGUACUAAAUUAACAUUUUUUGUUUGUACAGUUGUCUCAAAUGCUAUUAGUGGUGUUAAUAACAUUAUGGCUUGAAUUUAAUCAUUGAUAACAAUAAUGCUGGUCAUGAAUGUGCCUUUCACCAAUGAACCAAAAAUGUGAAAAUUAAAAUGGUUGCAAAAAUAAGUCAAUUUUAUUUUCUAUCAUUGGGGUCGAGGUGUGCAAAGUCACUUACAUUGAGGCGUAAUCAUUGGCUGUAUGGUGAACGAUAAUGAACGACACAGGGGCUCGCUGUGUUUAACAAAUUAUUUUUACCCCCGACCGCUAUGCCAAUAAGUGUUUAGGGUUUUUCCUCAACUCUUUGUGAAUAUAUUUGUACACUUCUUUGUAACAUUUUGCCACCGUUCAUAGCUGUUCCAUUAGCUGGUACAAAUACAAGUGAGGAAUUAUUACAGUCGAGUCGCCUGCCCAGGGACAUACGCCACAAUCUCCUUCCUUUCUACAUCCACACUCACGAGCACGUCUAGUCUCCAUUUCAAGCCGUUGAUUGUAGUAACACAGUAGGCCUACAUAAUGGAACAUUUUGUGUAUUAAAGUACCCUUUCUAUCCUGGCCUUAAUAGUUUGUAUGAAAACCACAUUUUCGGCGGAAAAACCCUAAAUUAUUAGGUCUGCCAUCGAAAUGAAACGGCCCUAACCCGGCCAGUAAAAACCUAAGCGGGCUGUCAAUAUUUCACACUGCAUUUUAAUGCGAGAUUGUUAUAAUGAAAUAAUAAUGUUCACAUUACAUGGAUUGUUUACUAUAGAGAUAACACGCUUCGCUUGUUCGAUCAUUAAAACUUUUUGUGUCGGAUUUCGAAUGAAAGAGAUUGAAUCAUUUUCAUAA